AUGACUUCAGCCGCUGAACAAGAGUAUGUCCUCGAGCGAAGUCCACUGGGUUCUUCCCGUCUCUACGUCCAACAUUGGCUCUGGCAAAGACUCGUUGGGCAUCUUCUACAUCCAAGCAUCCCAAUUAGGGAAGACAUUAAAAUUGCAGACAUAGCAUGUGGAACAGGAAUCUGGCUCAUAGAUUUAGCAAAAGAGCUUGCAAAAUCAAAGGCGAACGCACAAUUAGACGGUUUCGAUAUCUCAACUAGUCAAUAUCCAAAUUCAGCAUUGCUCCCCCCAAAUGUCAAACUAGAUAUUAUGGACAUCUUCAAACCUGUUCCGGAGAGAUUGAGAGGUCAAUACGAUGUGGUUCACAUAAGUCUUCUCUGUGUCGUAAUCCCUGACGGAGAUCCAAGAUAUGUUUUAGAUAAUGUGUUGACCUUACUAAAACCAGGUGGAUACAUCCAGUGGAAGGAAGUCGAUUUCAGCAUGUUGGGGUGCACAGCUGCUACUCCGGACUUAUCAACUAACAACCUCAAGGAGCUGACAAGAUGGAUAUAUGAAGUUCCUUUAAAGAAAUUUUCCAGUUUUGAGUGGAUACGCCAACUCGGCCCCAUCUUUCAAGAAAGAGGAAUAAUAGUUCUAGAUGACCAACUACUCGAACCAGGGGCCGAUAUUAUAUAUGCGUGGACCUUGAUGCAUAUGGAUGGUAUAAAAGAAUUAGUCAAUGUUGCAGGAGAAGGAUCGAGAGAGGUCUUAGAAUUGUACGGAAAGGCGGCUCAGGAGGUGCAGAAGGGUGCUUGUAUAAGCAUGAUGUUGGUGAAUGUGGUUGGCAGAAAGACUGGGGGCAAUUGA